AUGUUGAGUAAGCCAUUCAAAUUGAGCAUUUCGGAGACAGAGUUGUCGCGACGUUUGCGCUGCUUCACCAUCAAGCCGAAUUUUCUGCGCGUCUAUGGCUACCCAGUUGAGAGCGUGAAACACAAAGGAAAAGUGGAAAUAUUUAAAGGCCUGCCAGAUUCUUCGCGCGCAAGCAAUUCAAAAUCAAAGAUGGAAUUGGUCAACUUUGGAUUGCAUUUACGUUCUUAUUCUGCUAGCAGCACCGACUCCGGCCAUGGUUCGAGCGCAUCCAGUUCACCCAACGCCGACUCGGAUUCGAGCGAAACCAGCGAGGAUGAGCCAAUUAUCGCUACUGCCUAUUUCACAGCCAGUGGCCGGAGUCAAGUCCUUCCACCGCGUGCACACUCAUUGAGGAAACAAUGUGUGCGCUGUCUGAACUUCUUUCAUGUUACGGACGCUGGCACAUAUCUUAAACGCGAGAACUGCACCUUUCACUGGGGUAAAAUCUAUGAGUUUUAUAACGACCGCGAGCGCCGCUACAUCGAGCAGUAUACCUGUUGUUUUGGUACUAAAGAUGCGGCUGGUUGUACACGUCAUCCGCAACAUGUAUGGACCGGUGUGGUAGCUGGCUUCAAUGGCCCCUACAGCGACUUUGUUCAUACGCGUUCGCAUAGAGAUGAUAAAAGCGCAGCGACCAAAGUAUACGCACUCGACUGCGAAAUGUCCUUUACCGGUCGUGGACUCGAAGUGACAAAGGUAACGGUGAUUAGCUAUGACGGCCAGGUAGUUUAUGAGCAUUUCGUGCGACCUUUUACUCAUAUUGUCGACUAUAAUACGCGUUUCUCAGGCAUCUCUGAGAAGGAUCUCUGCAAGUUUUGGAAUAACGACGUAAAGACAUUGACCGAAGUGCAGCGUGACCUCUUAAAUUUGUUCGAUGCCGAUACCAUACUCAUCGGUCAUGGGCUGGAGAAUGAUUUACGUGUGUUGCGUAUGGUGCACAAGACGGUGGUCGACACUUCUAUCGUAUUUCCGCACAGACUCGGAUUUCCAUAUCGUCGUUCGCUGAAACACUUAACCAAAUCAUAUUUAAAGCGCGAUAUUCAAGUUAGCGGUGAUGGGCAUGAUAGUCUUGAGGACACGCGUGCCUGCCUGGAGUUGAUGCUAUGGAAGUUGGACAAGGAAAUUCGUACGAAAGGAUGCUGA